AUGCAGAUUUGCAUUUACUCAGAAGAUUUGGCGUGGGUUGCAUUGAAUGCAAUUCAUUCUCCCAUGUGGGUGAUUGAAGUCAAAGAUUGGCAGCCUAUGAAGAUUUCUCAAGCCACGCUCAAAUCAGGAAAAAUCUCAGUUUCCGCAACACUCUCAGAAUACUUGUCCGAUUCUCUUUUUUUGAUCAAUAUUGGCAGCAGCGACUACAUUCACAACUAUCUCCGACCUGAUUCUUAUAAUACUAGCCACCAAUAUAGCGGCCAAGACUUUGCUGAACUCCUUACAAGCAAACUGGAAAACCAUUUAAAGGAUCUGUACAAUCUUGGUGCGAGAAAGAUGAUAGUUUUUGAGAUUGGACCACUUGGUUGCUUGCCAUACAUCAUAAACAGGGCUAAAGCAAGUGCUAGAUGUGUCGACGAUGUAAAUAGAUUGGUGUCUGUUUUCAAUAACAAGCUUAGUGUCAAGCUCAAAGAAUUGGGUGAGAAGCUCGACGGCUCAACCAACGCGUUUUUCCCUCUUUAUCAGGUUUCGAAGAAACGAGAUGGCCAUGUUGCGUAA